GUGUGGGGUGAGUGCUCUUUGGUGCGGCUGGAACUUUAGGAAAAUGACCUCAGGAGAGUGACUCACUCACUGACUUUUAAUUCUUUUGGGUAGGUAGGUGAGUGAGUCUGCUAUGUUACAGGCUCAAUGCUACCCCCAGGAGGAGAGGAGUUUGCCUUUCCCAGAGAGGUGGCCCCGAGCCAGCAAGUUCACCCUGUCAGCCUGUGCAGCGGCUGUUGCAGAACUAGUAACCUUUCCCCUGGAUCUCACGAAAACGCGGCUGCAGAUCCAAGGUGAAGCUGCUGUUUGUCGGUAUGGAGCUGCUGCCAGAAGAGCUGUACCCUACCGUGGCAUGCUACGUACUGCAACAGGGAUUGUUCAAGAGGAAGGCUUACUAAAACUCUGGCAAGGAGCAACACCUGCUGUCUACAGACACAUAGUAUACUCCGGAGUACGGAUGGUUACAUAUGAGCACCUUCGUGACUCUGUGCUUGGUAGAGCUGAAGACGAGAGCUUUCUUCUUUGGAAAUCUGUAGUUGGAGGGAUGGCAGCUGGUGCCAUUGGUCAGUUUUUUGCCAGUCCAACAGAUCUGGUGAAAGUGCAGAUGCAAAUGGAAGGAAAGAGGAGACUAGAAGGGAAACCAUUACGAUUUCAUGGAGUUCACCAUGCAUUUGUGAAGAUCCUGUCUGAAGGGGGAAUUCGGGGCCUUUGGGCAGGUUGGGUGCCAAAUGUCCAAAGAGCUGCUCUGGUAAACAUGGGAGAUCUGACUACUUAUGACUCCGUGAAACACUUUUUACUUUUGAACACACCACUUCAGGACAAUAGUGUGACUCACAGCAUUGCAAGUGUAUGUUCUGGCCUGGUAGCUGCUAUCCUGGGAACUCCUGCUGAUGUCGUCAAAACGCGGAUAAUGAACCAACCAAGAGAUAAACAGGGAAAGGGACUGCUGUAUAAGUCUUCUACAGACUGCUUGAUACAGGCUAUACAAGGUGAAGGAUUUAUAUCUCUAUACAAAGGCUUUUUACCAACCUGGAUGCGAAUGGCUCCUUGGUCAUUGGUAUUCUGGCUUACCUAUGAACAAAUCAGAAGAAUCUGUGGAGUUAGUUCUUUUUGAGAUCUUGAAAGCAUAUACUAAUAAUCACAUAACAAAUAAAACAGAGUUGGAAAUCCAGUAGAUCAUCAAUAAAACACUCCAUCCCUAAGGAAACUGGUUGUUUUAGGAGACUGGCAAUAGUCUCUCACAUUUAGGUCAUCACUUCAAAUUCAGUCUGGUUGAUAGUGAUUUAAUAUUACCUUCUGAUUGCCACUUGACAGAUUACAGCACAGUAAAACCUGCCAAGAGUGACCACUCAUGGGAAUUAGGGGCCACUCUUCAAAGGUUUGCACACGGGAGAGCAUUGGCUGCUGGCUCGGUGUCCCGCUUGGCCAUUCUUACCAGCAACAGUGCAGAAGUAAGGGUGGCAUGGUAUGGUACACUAGAUCCCUACUGAUAAGCCAAAAUCAGCUUCUCCUACAGGUUUGUUUUUAU